CUUUUCUUUCUUUGAACUAGGGACAAGUAACCGAUUAUAUUGCAUUCAAUUACUUGUACACCCUAGUUUCCAAAUGACCAUUGUUUAUUUUUAUUUUUAUUUUCAAAAUUUGAAUUCAUAGACACACAUCACCAAAAAGAUUAUAAAAAUUGAGCUAUACGCAUAUAUAUAUGUUAAAUCAUUUUUCUAUCUUUUCCUUAUUAUAGUCAUAAAUUUCCUUGGGUCAAUUCAGAAAAAAUGAGGAACAUUAAUCCCAAAACACCAUGCUUCAUCUUUCUUCUUUUAUUAGCAACGGUUCAAGGUCGCUAUGUGCGAGACAAAGCUACCAAAUUAGUUUCGGAUGGUGUUCAUGAUGUUGAACAACAACACAACAAAACUUCAUACUUAGUUCUCAAAGGAAUUGAUGUUGGUGAUGGUGAUGAUGAAUCCUUGGAGGUGCAGUGCAAGCAAAUGUAUGGCUUCUUGCCAUGCACAAAUAAUAUUUUUGGGCAUCUCUUUCUUAUUUUGGUGUAUGAGUAUUUGCUUUUCCAUGGAGAAUCAUAUUUGGCUAAGGGAGGUGAACAAAUGUUCAAGAUUCUUGGCCCUGGUAUCUUUGGUGCUAGUGCUUUUCACAUCCUUGGUGCCCUUCCAGAGCCCUUAAUUCUUCUUGUUUCUGGAGUGGUUGUGAGCAAUAGGGAGAUAGCACAAGAAUAUGCCUUCACUGGAGUUGGCUUAUUGGCUGGAUCAUCCAUCUUGCUUCUCACACUUGUUUGGCCAACCUGUGUCAUUGCUGCCACCCAAGAAUUUCCUCAUCAUUCUCACCCUUCUAAUUCACCACAUAAUACUCUUCAAGCCUUAUUCACUUGUUACGGCAUUACUACGGAUUUGGAAACGUGUUACACUGCAAGAAUCAUGGUUUGCUCAGUCAUACCUCUUGUGAUCAUGCAAAUUCCAUAUUUAUUCCAAUUCUCUUCUGGGCCAAGAAGUGUCACCUUAGUAAUUGCCCUUGUUAUUACCUCCAUUUUUCUCUUCGUCUACUUCGUUUACCAGAUUUUUGAACCAUGGGUACAGAAAAGAAGACUGGAAUAUGUGAAACAUGAUCAUUUAAUAUUGAAAAUAUUGCAACAUGUUCAAAAGAACACCCUGCAAAGGAUCUUCACCAAGAAUGGAACUCCAAAUGUGAGCGCCAUAAGGCGAUUGUAUAGGGAAUUAGAUCAAGAUGGGAGCAGUGGUAUAUCAGCUUCUGAAGUGAAAGACCUCUUGCUUAAAAACAAAGUUACUGAAACAAAUAUCGAUGAGGAGAAGGAAAUAAAAAAGGUGCUACAGAUUUUUGACCUGGAUGGUGACCAAAAAAUAAAUAAGGAGGAAUUUGUCAGUGGCUUCACAAAAUGGCUUGAUCAAACUAAGCAUGCUUUUGAUAAACAGUAUUUUUCAAGGAAAUCAUUGAAACACAUAUAUCAGGUUUUUGGACCUUGGCUUGAAAACAAAAGAAGAGAACGUGAAGGAAAGAAACAGCUUAUAUCUGAAAUCUUAAGGCAUGUUCAGAGUGAUAUGGUUGGUAGCCUUCUCACAGAAGAUGGAAAACCUGAUGAACAUUCUAUCAGAGAGUUGUUUGAGAAAAUUGAUCGCAAUAGAGAUAACUUCAUUUCUCACUCUGAGUUGAGAGAGCUAAUCAUGAACAUCAAGUUUGUUAAAGCAUCAAUGGAAGUGGAAGAAGCAGUUGCUUUAGUCAUUGAAGAACUUGACACUGACAAAGACCACAUAAUCAAUGAGGAGGAGUUUGUUGCUGGGUUUGAGAAAUGGAUUAGCUCAACUUCAGAUCAUGCUCCUGUGACAGAUUCUGAGUCUCAAGAAGAUAUGUAUGAGACCUGGGAAGAGGCUGACAUGGUGGUGGGAGAGAAGCAAAGCAAAGCAAUUGUUGAUAAAUCAAUAUGUGCAUGGUUUAAGGCCAUAAUAUAUGUGGUGCUGGGAAUUGCUAUGCUAUCCAUUUUGGCAGAGCCCCUGAUAGAGAGUGUCCACAAUUUCUCUACCAGUGCAGGACUUCAUCCAUUUUUCAUGUCAUUUAUUCUAGUUCCCUUGGCCACAAAUGCUAGAGAAGCAACUUCAGCAAUCAAAGAAGCAAGCCAUAAGAAGCCAAGAACUACCUCUCUUGCCAUUUCUGAGAUUUAUGGAGGGGUGUUCAUGAAUAACAUUCUGGGCUUCUUUGCAAUCUCAAUUCUGAUCUAUGUGCGACAAGUCACUUGGCAAUUCUCAGCUGAAAUGCUGGUCGUUGCCAUUGUUUGUUCAAUUUCGGGCUUUGCUGCAAGUUUUGUCACCAUUAUCCCUUUGUGGUCUUCCUUCUUUGCAAUCCUCUUGUACCCAUUGUCCUUGGUUCUGGUUUUAUGUUCUCAAUUAUAAUUAACAACCUCUAGCGUCUUGUGAUCAAAUGAAGGAUUUUUUUUUUUUUUAUUUGUUUUUUUUUUUAUCAAUCAGAAUCGGACACAGUAUAGUAACAACAUUCGUUCACUCUGUUCAAUUACCUGAACUAGAUUAUCAUAGUAAAUGAAGGAUUUUAAUUUUAGUUCACUUU